UCUCGUGAAUUAUAGGAGAGAGAGAGAGAGAGAGAGAGAGAGAGAGAGAGUAUGGGAUACGAGGAUUCACUGCCUUUUUUUGGGAUGUUAAUGGUGAUUUUGAUUCAAGUUGGCAAUAUGGAAGUAAGCCAAGUAGCCAUGUCCGCAGGGAUGAACAAAUAUGUCCUUGCUGUAUAUUCCAAUGCCCUCUCGACGCUCAUCCUUCUCCCACUUUCCUUCAUCUGCUGCAGGUCACAGCGUCCUCGGCCAGUAACUUUUUCCAUUCUUUGCAGGAUUUUCUUGCUUGCCCUGAUUGGAUGUUCCGGACAGAUACUAGAGUAUGCUGGUAUACAGUACAGCUCUCCCACGCUUGGUACAGCCAUGCUCAACCUUAUUCCCGCUUUUACCUUCAUACUUGCCAUCAUUUUCAGGAUGGAAAAACUAGAGUGGAGUAGCUCAAGCAGUCAGGCUAAACUUCUGGGUACCAUAGUAUCAAUCACAGGAGCAUCUGUUGUGACAUUCUACAAGGGCCCACCAAUCAUGAUGACACCCUCUUCUAGUCAACUUCUUCUGUCGCCACAAUCAAGCUGGAUCCUUGGAGGCAUUUUGCUCACAGCCGAUGCUUUUUCCUACUCUGCGUGGUAUAUAGUGCAGGCAUCAAUCCUUAAAAUCUACCCAGCAGUGCUUGUCAUAUUAUUUCACAUGUUCUUUUACUACACCAUUUUGUCUGCAGUAUUCACUCUGAUUAUUGUCAGGGACCCAGAUGCUUGGAGGUUAAGGCUUGACAUUGGUUUGGUGUCUAUAUUAUACACAGGAGUUGUUUCCUCUGUAUUGCGUGGUAGCUUGAGUACAUGGUGCCUGUCGAGGACUGGACCACUCUUUUGUUCUAUGUUCAAGCCCGUGGCGAUUAUCUUUGCUGUUGUCGUGGAUGUCUUUUUAGGAGAUGUUCUAUGUCUUGGAAGUGUGAUUGGAGCAGCAAUAACUGUAGUUGGAUUUUAUGCUGUGAUGUGGGGGAAAGCCAAGGAAGAAAAGAUGUACAUAGACAGUGGGGUGGUGAGUUUUGGAUCGUCCAGCAAAAAGAUCCCUCUGUUGCAAAACACAGAAUAGAAUGCCCUGUACAGUGAUUCAUAUGUAUUGGAAAAAAAAACCAUAUCACGGAUCCACCAAUGAGACGUUAACACCUAAGCUUGGAACAAGAAAAAUAAAUGCUAUCAAAACACUGGAUCAUACCAAAUCAACUAAAAAAAAUAUCCAUUUGUUCCUCA